ACUAGUGACCAUUUCAAUUCUUCUCUCUCACGACUUACACGUUAGCCUUCAAUGUAUUGUCUGACACUCUAGAUUUGUACCAUGACGAUGUACGCACUUCUGUGUUGUCUUCUUUUUGUAUGUACAUGGAAGGAAGCAGACACCUCAGUUACAGACGAUAUCUUUAAACGCUUCUUGUCCCAAAUUUUUGGAAGAAACAAAGCCUCAAAUCCAAAUGAUACUAUCCAAGCUACUGACACCAUUUACACAGAAUUUGUUCAACCCCAUCAAAUUGCUAACAAAAUCUCGCUGUUGUCUCACGUGUAUACAUGGGGAAAUGUGAGAAUACAGACAUUCAUCGGGGUCGUUGAAAGGAACUCUACUCAUAUUACAAUUAAACAUUAUUUCUUUAGACCAGAAUUUUCUCACCAAGGAGCACGAUAUGAUAAAUUACAUUGUAGGGAUGUGAUAUACAACCCAAGAUGUGAUACAACAUUUAAGCCGUUGGGCAUGAAUUUCGAAUUCACUUGGCCGGCCUGUAUCUACAAUCCCGUUCAACCACGUGUGAUUUCUGGCCUCUUAGAGUGCACGCGAUCACACUUCAAGAUUCCCAAUGAAGAAAAUUACAUCAUUAUGGAAAAGGAGAUAAGCUAUGAUCUUCCAAAUCAGUUCUACACUGGUGAUAACAUGUGUAAAGUACCAACAGGGCGUGAUUAGUCAUUCAUAGAAUGUUUUACUGCGCAAUAUAAUAUUGCUUGAGUAACAAUGUAAUAAAAUAAAAUAUCAGCA